AUGUAUCCUCUAAUAAGAAAAAGCAAAUCUCCAAGCUCUUCGUUAGCGGAUUCUGUUUCAAAGGAGCCUAUGACUACUUCUGGAGCACCUACUUUUUAUAAUUCCAAUAAUGACUCUAACUCAAUACCGGUACACUCUUCUUUUCCUCACCCUCAUCCUCAUCCCCAUCCUCAUCCUAAUCCUCAUCCUAAUUCUUCAUCACCAUUUAAUUCCAAUGAUUCUAGAGAUCCACAAGCUUCUAUGUACUUGUCAAAUCACCAGCCAUCUCCAAAAACACAUGCUCCUUUACCAUAUCCAUCUGAAUUGGCCAAUCAAGAUUUACAAAAGCCUACUAAAGGACCCCAUUAUACUCAAUCACAUUCAUAUUUACCUCCGCCAGCAUUAUUAUCAAGGUCCCCGUCGUUGAUCAAAUCUCAAAGUUUUCCAAAGCCUGUUUUAUCGUCAUUGUCUGUUGCUCCAGCAGAGCAAUCACAACCAGGAGGCAGUACACAUAGACAGAUGGACCAUUCGGUACAUGGGUCAUCGUCUUCUACAUAUCAAAGAUAUCCAUCUUCUUUAACAUCUCCAUUAAGUCCAGUACAGACUUAUCCUUCUGGAAAUGCACCUUCUUCUGUUUACGGGCCAUCAGGUGUUUCUAAAACUGAACCUGCUGGACACAUUUCUUAUAAUAUUGUACAUCGUUAUGACCCUAAUAUCCAGCAACCUUCUUCUCGCCAAGCCCAACAGCCAUUUUAUCAACUUCCAACACCAUUUAGUAUAUCCAAAAGUCAAUCACAACAACAUCAAAAUACAUCUUUACCUCCAAUUGGUGGUCCGAGCUUUCUCAAGCAGCAGCUUGCACAGUCAGCGCAGUCACUACAACAAGCACCGCCAGCACAGCUAGCCCAGUCAGUAGUACAGUCUCAAAGUCAAUCACUUAUGCCGGCACAACCAUAUCAAUUUCAGUUACAAACAUCAAGGGUUUCAGAUGAUUUAAAUACUAGGCAAGGAAAUUUGGGGCCGCAACAGCCAUAUGCAACAUAUAUUUCAAGCUUGGGUGGAGAAAUCGAUCGAAACCAAUUCCAGCGCAAGGGGAAACGUAAUCCUACAAACUAUGUUUGGACGACUACAGAAAACAGAGAAUUAAUGAGUUGGACCAGGGAUUAUUUACCACAAGUAUGGGGGAAAGCGAGUGUUUCUCAUGCUCACCGGAUUAAACGUGCGUUAUACAACGACAAUCCUUUAAUAACACCGGAAAACAUCCGUCACAAGAUAAACAACCUUAAAGCCAAAUACAGAAAAAUCAAGGGCCGUUGGGCAGAUGAUACCGAGAGACAUGAGUCCGAAAUUCGAAAUGAUUUUCCAGACUUUUUUCUUAUUGAAGAGAUGAUUUUGAAAUAUGAAGAAAAGGGUACUGGUCAUUCAAAUCCAACUUCAACUGCCCCUUCUCCUUCUCCUUCUCGAUUAUUUAGUACAGAACCUUCUGAGUCUUUAAAUAAUUUGAAUUCACUACAACACACUUAUGAACCCGUAAUUUCAACUACUGGUUUGUCGCUUAAUAAUAAUAAUAAUAAUACAGCAGAUGCAAACAGUAGGGUUCCAUCUUUAACAAAGUAUUUUGAACCACAGCUUAAGAAACAUUCAAGAUACCCGGAAAAUGAUGAAUCUAAUUUUGACUUAGAUUCUUCUAAUAGAGAUGUUGUUACCAAUGAAGCAGAAAGAUUGAAAAUGGGAUACCAUCAUGAUGGGCAAUUUCAACAAAAUGAAGAUGGGAGCAAAUACCAUGAAGAUGAGCUUCAAAAGGGUAAUUCUACUGAUGCAGAGUCAGCAGCAGAGUUUUCUGACUGGAGUCUCAACACUAAGAAUAAAAACAAAGAACGUACCAGCAGUGGGAAUUUACAGCUUGAAACUUUACAGGAAGGCAAAACAGCUGUUGAUACUAAAAGGUUUUCUGAAAAAAAGCAAUUCAGAACUUUAACAGGUGAUUCAGAACACAUGCCUAAGCAAUUAAGUAACGAUUCUACAAUUGGGGCGGGUGAUAAAUCUUCUACAGUUUUAACUACUAGCUAUAAGCGGAGUUCUAGUCCAUUUGGAACAAGGGUUGAUAAUGGCGAUGGCAAUAAUGGUAAUAUCUAUGACCGUAGCUAUGGAUUCCUGAAAAGACGCAAUAGUAUUAGUAGCAAUAGCAGUAUUAGUAGUAUCAGUCACAGUAGUAAUAAUAUUUCUGAUACUGGUGAAGAUUUGGUCAACAAUAAAUUUUCUGAAUCUGAGAAUUUGCAAAAAGAGUUGACGGUUGAAGAAGAAAAAGAAAAAGAAAGAGCAAUCAACAAUGCUUCUACACAUAUGUUACAACAACAACAGUCACAAUUGAAAAUACAGCAUCAAAAACAUGUACAAACUGUUCAGAACUCUGAAUAUUUUAUGCUACCUUCAUUAAAAAGCCAUGAUUUGAAAAUAGGAGGGAGUGGGGGAGGGUCUCGUGAAAAAGUUGAGAUGGAGUAUUUGAGGAUUGAAAGAGACCGGUUACGGGUCAAGGUGACUCGAUUAGAGUAUGAAACCGAACGACUCAAGGCAGAGUUACUUGCACAUUCAAAUGUUAAUAGUUUGAGUGGGGGGUUGGUUAAUACGAGUAGCAGCAUGCAAGCAAGUUUUUUGGUAUCACCUAGCGGAGAUAACGACAACAACAACAAAGUACUACAAUCAUUUCAGCAGCGACCUCAGACUCAAGAAGAGGUUGAGGAUGAGCAAGAGGAACUUCAGCAACGGAAACGGCGAAGAAAGAAAGAAGAUGCCAUUUUGAUUAAUCAGUAUAAAAAGUCAGAGGCUGAGUGUAGACUUUACGAAUACAAGUCUCGUUUAGCUUAUCUACAGUUGAAGGAAUAUGAACGGAAGCUUAGUUUGAGCAAGCACAUUUCAGAAAGCGAAGGGAGUAGUAUUAGCCACAAUAAUAACAACAACAACAAUGGUGGGAUUAACAACUAUUCAGUUGGGAGUCUAUAUUCAGUUCAUGAGAUUAAAAGAAGAAGAGAAGGUAAGGGGAAACGAAGGGUUAGAAGAAUUAUCAGCAGCAGUAGUAGUAGUAGCAGCAAUGAUAGUGGUAAUGGUAGUGGCAGUGGUAACAGCGGCAGCAGCAACAGCAGCAAUAACAAUAACAAUAACAAUAACAAUAACAAUAACAAUGACAAUAACAAUGGCAAUAGUAGCAGAAAUAGCAGUAACAAUGGAGGUGAAGUAGAUGCCAAUCCCAGUAUUGAUAGGCAAAGCAGCAAAGCCAAAAGUUCUGAAAUGAUUAAUAAUGAAAACAAUAAUAAUGGUUACAACAAUGAUCACAUCAGUGACAGAAUCAAUUCACAUGUUAGUGAGAUCAUGAAGGUAAGUGAGAUUAAGGACAAAAAGAUUUCCUGUGGUGACGAUGGAAGUAUAAUUGAAGGGGUGUUGGAGAAUGAAACAAACAAAAAGGUGUUACUACUACGAGACAUUGUACUUAAAGACGCCCGACCCCCAAAAGAAAGUCAAACAGAGCUAGAGACCAAUGAGGAAGAAGAAAAAGAAGAGGAAGAAGGGGAGAAGACGGGAAAGGCUGGAGUGGUUGCAAAAAAGGAAGUUGAAAAGGGUAGUAAAGGAUGUGGAACAUGA